AUGGUGCUGGCAUGGGAGUACAUGAGGGCGACCUGCUGCCCCAACCUCUGGGCCCUGGACGCAUAUCAAACAACAAGGACGAUCUUCCAGCUCUGCUCCUUUGUGCUGUCCUUGCUGCUGUCGCUGCGCAUGUCCCAGGGCUACGAUCGCAUGAAGGUGGCGCGGCAUGCCUUUGGCAACGUGUCCAGCCAGUGCACCAACAUCGUUCAGUCAGUGGCGGCCGGCGGGGCUGACGCUGCUAAAGUGGCCGAGUUUGUGCGGUGGGCCAUUGUGUGGCAGUAUAGUUUGCUGCAGUUGGUGGGCCAUGACACAGCGCUGGCCCCCGAGGCGGCAGCGCUGCUGAGCCGGGGCGAGCUGGACUUGAUGGCUACCGCGCCCAAGCCGCAUCUGGUGGCAUCGCUUGCCCUGAAGCGGCUCGCGGCAGGGUUGGACCCCAAGCAGUGCAAGCUGGUUGGCGACAUUAGCUAUGCCAUCGGGACGGGGGUGGGCAGCGCAGACGACUGCGAGCGCCUGCGCCAGACGCCCAUCUCGGCGAGCCUCACCCAGCUGAGCUCCGGCUUCCUUAUCAUCUGGCUGGUGCUGCUUCCGUUUGGUAUUUGGGCCGAGAUUGCCGAAAUUGAGAAUGUCGUGACAGAGGUGGUCCCCUACAUCCUCAUGGCCAUACUGUUCCUCGGCUGCGACGAAGUGGCGACUCAGAUGGAGGAUCCAUGGCCCUUGCUGCCGCUGUGCGAAAUCUGCAAGGCGGGAGCUCGUGAUGUGCGCAGGUAUGGCACCGCGCCCAACUGCAGGGGCAGCUGCCCUGAAGGAUGGACCCAGAUUGCGGAUUCUGACAUGAAGAAUAAUGAAAAGACUGUAUCUGAACACGACUACGCAUACUUUGGCAGCAAGUGCAUCACCGGCACUGGCAAGGUGCUCUGCAAACUGUGCGAUCGCAAGGAGUGCAACGGAUGCUCCUACACCUGGUAA